AUGUAUAUAUUGAGAAACAAAGAAUUCUACUUUUGUAGAAAGUAUGUAUACUCUAAUAUACGGAACUUUCCAAAAACACGGCAAUUUUCUACCAUGUUCGACACUAUAAAAAACAGCUAUAAGACAAUGGAAAUAAGAAAAGUUUCAAUCCUUGAGAAAAUCACAAAGUUCGACCUAGAAAUUAAAAAUGGGCUCACUCCAACCGAAAUAUAUAAUCAGUUUCCCUUGGCAUAUAACACACAUAUAAUACACAAGCGUGUGAUGGAGUCACUUAUAAGGCACUUACGGGAUGUUUAUAUGAUAAAGCCAACUGUGUUAAAAGCCCAGAAUCCAGAUUUACUACCAUUCGAUCCAACAGAUUCACCAGAUAUGGUCAUAAGUGCAGGUGGUGACGGAACCUUUUUGGAGGCUGCAUCUCUGAUACCACCUGAGCAAUUGAGACCACGGCCCCUGUGGUUGGUUGGUUUAAAUACGGAUCCUGAGAGAUCUCUAGGAACGCUCUGCAUAUCGUAUUUUGAUCGAAAGACUUUCUACCCAUUUAGUUGUAAUAUACAGGAUGACAAAACAUUUGAUUCCCCAGUCUAUGAUAAUAAUUGCAGAUAUAAUUACACACGUCACGCUUCAAAAAAAAUCCGGUUUAAAGAUUUUACACUUGAAGAAAAAUGGUUAAAUGUAAGCCCUCACGAAAUCGCAGCGAUAUCUCGUGCUUCGUUUGAUCCGCAUGAGGAUUCCACAGUUGGUUCCGAAGCUAGGCAAUUGCCAAAGCCGAGCGAAUAUGAUAAAGAUAUUGAUUUUGAUACAUAUUCCAUGACAUAUGAUGAGUAUGUCAGAACUAUCUUGGACAAGUUGUUGGUUCACCGUUCAUUGGAUCCUAUUUAUCGUCAAAGGAUCAGACUAAAGUUAUUCAAGAGAAAUUCGAAUUUUGGCACCUCAGCAUCAUUGAGAGCUAAUCAUACAUCUAUUGAGAACGCAUUAUUUUCUGAAGCUAGUUCAAAUUUUAGCUAUGAUGAUUUGAAGACGGGUCAUUCAGUUACCAAUCCUUCUUUUCCUCAUGGGAUAGUUAAUGACGUAAUGAUUGCAGACAAAUUUUUUGGCAAAACCUUUUACGCCCUAAUUCAAAUUGAUGAUCUACCCAUAAAGCGUGUUAAAAGCAGUGGUGUUCUAAUUACUACUGGAACUGGAUCGACUGCAUGGGCAUAUAAUAUAUGCAAAACAAACUUUACUAGGGGUUCCAGUAUCAUUCAGUGUCUUCUGGAUCACCCAUCGAUUCCAAAGGACUUUGCCUCAAAAAUAGACAACAACGUUGUUAAUGAGGUCGUCAAUUGUUACAAUGAAAAGUUAAAGAUGGACCCCUCGAAAGAUCUUUUACGAUGUAUUAUUAGGGAAGAGAUUAGCGAUAAGGCAACGGAAGACGCUUCAAUGUAUACAGGGAAGCAAGUCAAGGUUCUUGCCCUAGCUAAGGAUGCCGUUGUAUGUAUAGACGGUUCAAAGACUAUAGGCCUAGAUUAUGGCGAUGUAGUAGUUUUCAAGACUUUUGAAACUGACAUUAUUUGGUCUUGUAUCUAA